AUGUCAAUAGCAGCGUUCCAAGAGAUACGAUGGACUGGCACUGGACAAAUAAGGAUCGGGGAGUACAUAAUAUACUACAAGGGAAUGAAAGAUAAACAUCACUUCGGUACAGGCAUUGCAUUACAUAGAGAAUAUGAAUCACGGGUUGCUAAAUUUAAUCCAAUAUCUGAGCGGGUUAGUUCAAUAAGAAUUAAAAUGGCGCCCAUAGAUCUUUUCAUAAAAAAUAUACAUGCUCCAAUGGAAAACAGCGAAGAAGACGUUAAGGAGUCCAUCUAUGACGAAUUAGCAAGAAUAUAUGACAAUAUACCUGGGAACACGGUUAAGAUAAUAAUAGGGGAUGCUAAUUCUAAGAUAGGAAAAGAAGCAUACUUUGUACCAACAAUUGGACUCGAAAGUGCUCAUGACUUAAGCAAUGAUAACGGAGGAAGACUAAUAUCAUUUGCGGUUUCUAGAAAUAUGAUCAUUAGUAAUGCCACUUUUCCCCAUAAAAGAAUACAUGAACUGACUUGGAAUGCACCAGUUGGACUGACGAAAAAUCAAAUAAACCACCUCCUCAUAUACAGAAGGUUUAGAUCUAGCAUAACAGAUGUAAGGAGUUACAGAGGAGCCGACUGUGACUCUGAUCAUCUUCUAGUUAUUGCAAAAUGUCAGGUAAAAUUGCAAAGAAUGCGAAUACAAGGUACCCAAAUGCCCAAGUUUGAUAUAGAGCAGCUAAAAUGCGACGUAGGAAGGAAGAAGUACACUGAAGAAAUUAAAAAAGAGUUAAAUACAAAUAUGCCAAAUGAUGGACGUCAAUGGGAGACAAUUAGGAAUACAAUUAUUAAAGCAGCAAAAAAGACAAAAGAAGGGGAGAGGCCCGGCAAAGCUACCUUAGGUCAAACACACCAGAAGCAAAAGAACUCUUUAAACAAGAACGCAGAUUAUGGUAAGGUGCGAAAUUUUUUCGCGAGAAUUAGGAAGUAUAAAAAAUAUAACCCUACGUUGAAAGCCGUCAAGAGUGUAGAUAGAAGGUUAUUGAUGGAACCCGAUAAAAAAAUAGGUAUGUGGAUGAAAUACUUUAAAGAGCUGCUUAAUGGGGAAGUACCAGGGAAUCCAGUGCCUAGAUGGGAAGAGCAAAGACCUGAACCGGAAGUAUGUGAAAUUAAUUUAAAUGAAACCAAGAUGGCAAUAAAUAGUCUCAAAAACUGGAAGGCACUUGGCACUGAUGGUAUUCCGACUGAACUACUGAAAUACGGAGGCGAUGAACUGCAUAAAAAUAUCCUCGAACUGUGCUUGACUAUAUGGAAAGAAGAAAAGCUUCCGGAGGAUUGGAACAAAGCUAUUAUUAUCCCAUUACAUAAGAAAGGAGACAAAUUAGAGUGUAACAGCAGGAAUUGUCCUACUAAAUACAGUAUAUAA